AUCUCAUUAGAGAGCUGAGGGUAGAGGUUACAGCAGUCAGAACACAGACCAGAGCAUUAGUAUGAAGUUUAACACAGCUUUGAGUGUUGCUGGAGCCUUACUUCUCAACAUAGCAGGUUCUCUCUGCCAGUUAGAUGUAUGUGGUCAAGCUCCCCUCAACAACAAGAUUGUUGGAGGACAAAAUGCAGCGGCAGGGUCCUGGCCGUGGCAAGUCAGCAUUCAAAGUGCCAGCUUUGGAGGCCAUUUUUGUGGCGGGAGUCUGAUUAAUAAAGACUGGGUUUUGUCUGCUGCUCACUGCUUCCAGAGUUCCUCCCUGGGUACCAUUGAGGUCUACCUAGGACUUCAGAGCCAAUCAGGCUCAAACCCUAAUCAGGUAUACAGGACAGCGAGUCAAGUCAUUAACCAUCCUUACUAUAACAAUCCUAGCGAUGACAACGACAUAGCCCUGCUCCAGCUCUCUUCCUCCGUGACUUUCUCUGAUUAUAUUAAGCCAGUCUGUUUGGCUGCUGCUGGUAGUACAUUUGCUGCAGGUUCAGAGAGCUGGGUCACUGGAUGGGGAGCGCUACAGUCUGGAGGCACAGCUCCUGACAUUCUGCAGGAGGUGAUGAUACCAAUUGUGAGCAACAGCGACUGUAAUAAUGCUUAUGGAGGUGGCAUCACAAGCAAUAUGAUGUGUGCUGGAUUGUUGAAUCAGGGAGGGAAAGAUGCAUGUCAGGGAGACUCUGGAGGUCCAAUGGUCAGUAGGAACGGCUCUCUGUGGAUUCAGUCUGGCAUUGUGAGUUUUGGUAUAGGAUGUGCUAACCCCAAAUAUCCUGGUGUGUACGCCCGAGUGUCUCGUUACCAGGACUGGAUCAACUCUUACAUGGAAAGCAACCAGCCUGGAUAUGUCUCCUUCACUUCCGAUGGAUUCAGAAGCUCACCUAACCUGCUUUUAUUUUCCAUUUCUCUCACAUUCUCCAUUAUUCCUUUCAUAUGCUCUGUGUUUCUCUCUUCAUAGAGAUUAUUUGAAUGACAACACUCAGGGUUCUUUGAUUAAAAAACAAAUGUACUGUACAAGUUCUCAUAUGUGAAGAGAGCAGGUAUAUUGUUAUAUUGUCAUUUCGUAUAUUUUUAAAUUAUAAAGAAUAAUCUUGGAAAGCUACUCUUAUGAUUGAGUUUUUACAUUUAAAGAUGGUGCACUAAUGAAGUAUGUGCAAGCAUGUGCCCACAGAAUGUUUGAAUAAUGAAGGUGCAAUUUAUGAUAUUUGGCCUUUGAGACACAUAAUUCUUUGAAGCUAAUUAUUUUCCUCACUUUGGGUCAGAACUGAUAUUUAGAGACUAUAUAAAAGACUACUGAAUUUAUUUUGACUAGUUGUAUUUCACUGCAAAUGCACUGAAGCCACUUUUGUAUUGGUAAUUAUUUACAAUAACACUCAAUCUGUCUGAAUAUCUGUAAUUAAAGCAUGUGUGCCUUGGAAUGAUCAGAGAUAUUGGUUAUUGAAAAUUAAAUGAUCUUUAAACAGUUACCAUGUUGUAGUCAGUUUAACAAAACUAUAGAUGUCCAUUUCCGCCUCAUGAUUUCUUG